AUGGAAUCCGCGGAACAAUUACCGAAUUUCAAUCUUAGGAAUAACCCAAAUAGGCAACCAUAUUAUGUAGAAAGAUUCACUUCAAAUAAAACAUAUCUCAGCAUGAAUUUUUUAAAUGUUAAUAUCGAUGAUGAUGACCUUGAUCCUACCAUGGACUCACAGUAUGUUAAAGGAAUGAUAGCAAUAUGCUCUUUUAGCACGCUGAGUAAUAUUGCUUGUAUUAUAAUUCUUAUAUGUAUAAUAACACAAAAACAUACGAGAAACACAACUGUCUCUCACUUGGUAACGAAUCUGCUUUUGUCGGAUUUUUUUCAAAGUAUUGGCUUCAUGAUUAGUUAUUAUUGGAUAAGUAUUGGUAUGAUUAGAGAGGGAACGAUUUGCGAGAUACAAGGAUUUCUGAUCAAUUUUGGUGACACAUCUUCAGCUUCAUGGACGCUUGUGAUCAGUUUUCAUACCUAUGCACUCGUCGUCCACAAUUACGAACACCCCAAUAUUGUCUUCGUGAGCAUGUUGAUAGUAUGGACUCUUAAUUUAAUGAUUUCUCUCGCUGGCUUUAUCGUCCAAACUCCAGAUCAUCAUUUUUAUGAUACUGCUGGUGGGGCAUGGUGUUGGAUUUCAGAUUAUUAUGAUGACUAUAGAAUUGGUUUUCACUAUGGUAUCAUAUUGAGUGUUGCCGCACUGAUGAUCGUCAUAUAUGCAAUAAUGCUUGCGAUCUUAUACAAUCGACAACGGAGAAUGACCGUACAAGAAUCCAAAAAGAUUUUGCAAAGUGUCAAUAAGAAAUUGGUUUGGUAUCCAUUGGCCUAUAUUCUUCUUGUAACACCAUUAGCAAACGAAUCUGUGCCAUUGUCAACUACAAUCCUCCAUUUAUAUUGUAAGCAUUAUCUUAAUUUUACGCGUUCUCGUUAUCUUACAACUAAUAUUUCAUUUUAUAUUUUCAACAGCCUAAUUAUCUCUGGAUGUAUCUUUACAUGCGCUGGUUUAACAGACUCUAUAAUUUAUGGAAUUACACGUAAUGUUGUAUCUGUGAAAUCAGUGAUGCCAAAACUUCAACAAAUUGCCGGAAUACACAGUAAACCAAGUAUAUCUCGUAAAAUAUUAAAUGACCCAGACUCUUUGAAUUCGUUCUCUGCAAAAACCGAUUUAGCUUCGUUUAUAUCAGUUACAAAAACUCGACAAAUUAGAAUUUCAAUCAUUGGAACAAGCGUUGGAUCCAGUGUGCUAAACAAUAAUGAUUUAGAUGAAAUAGAUUUAGAUGAAACAGAUUUUGAUAAUCUAAAAACUUAA